CCCGAAGUUAGCCCACUGGGCCACCGUAACUCAUGUCCGCCGCUACCCAGAAAGAACCAAGGGAGGACGUGGGGUGGUGGCGAAGCUGGCUGCAGCAGAGCUACCAGGCCGUCAAAGAGAAGUCCUCUGAAGCUUUGGAGUUCAUGAAGCGGGACCUGACAGAGUUUACUCAGGUGGUACAGCAUGACACAGCCUGCACCAUCGCAGCCACAGCCAGUGUGGUCAAGGAGAAGCUGGCUACUGAAGGCUCCUCAGGGGCAACAGAAAAAGUGAAGAAGGGGUUGUCUGACUUCUUAGGGGUGAUCUCAGACACCUUUGCCCCCUCACCGGACAAAACCAUUGACUGCGAUGUCAUCACCCUGAUGGGCACUCCCUCUGGCACAGCUGAGCCUUACGAUGGCACCAAGGCUCGUCUCUACAGUCUGCAGUCAGACCCAGCAACCUACUGCAAUGAACCUGAUGGGCCCCCGGAAUUGUUUGACGCCUGGCUUUCCCAGUUCUGCUUGGAGGAGAAGAAGGGGGAGAUCUCAGAACUCCUUGUAGGCAGCCCCUCCAUCCGGGCCCUCUACACCAAGAUGGUUCCAGCAGCUGUUUCCCAUUCAGAAUUCUGGCAUCGGUAUUUCUAUAAAGUCCAUCAACUAGAGCAGGAGGAGGCCCGAAGGGAUGCCCUGAAGCAGCGGGCAGAACAGAGUGUCACUGAAGAGCCUGGCUGGGAAGAGGAAGAAGAGGAUCUUGUGGGCAUUUCACCAUCUCCAAAAGAGGCAAAUGUUCCUGUGACCAAAACUUCUAUAUCCUCUGAAGGAAGGCCUGUCCCCCAGGGUUCCUGUGAAGAGACCCUUGGGACCUCAGUGGAGGCCCCAGCAGAGGUGACUCCAUCAGAGAGCAGCGAGAGCAUCUCACUCGUAACACAGAUUGCCAACCCUGCCACUGCACUUGAGGCACCAGUGCUACCCAAAGACCUGUCCCAAAAGCUGUUUGAAGCAUCUUUGGAGGAACAGAGCCUGACUGUGGAUGAGGGAGAGACUGGUCCACCACCCCCAGUUCCCUCCAAGCCUCUAACCCCAGCUGGUCGCCCCAGUGGCCCAGAGCCUAGGCCUCCAGCCAGAGUAGAGACUCUGAGGGAGGAGGCACCUACAGACUUACGAGUGUUCGAACUGAAUUCAGAUAGUGGGAAGUCUACCCCUUCUAACAAUGGCAAGAAAGGCUCAAGCACAGACAUCAGUGAGGACUGGGAGAAAGACUUUGACUUGGACAUGACCGAAGAAGAAGUACAGAUGGCACUUUCCAAAGUGGAUGCCUCUGGUGAGCUGGAAGAUGUAGAGUGGGAGGACUGGGAAUGAGGGGAGCCAUGCAAGCUGCUCCCCAACCUCUGCGACACCUCUCACCUCCCUCGCUCAUCUCAGCCAAGCCCUGGAAGACACUGACUGAGAAUGUCCCUCCAGAGGUCUCUACCAUCCAGAUACUGGUGGCUCCCUGCUGCUCUUUGGGCCUCUGAUCACACCUGGGAAGGGGCUUUCUUAAAUCCAAAACCCAGAAAUCUGACUUGUGCCAACCUUAGGAUCACCUAAGGGGAAGGACACUACCCUGUCACUGGAGAGCCUACAUUUCUUGCUGAAUGUCCACUGAUCCCAUGAUCUUCUGUUGGGAAGCCCCAGGGGAGAAUGCUAGCCCUUCUGUGUGGAGACAGUUGAGCCACCAGUCUCCUGAGGGAAGCCGAGACAACGCUGGCUUCCAUAAGCACAGGAGGAGGGCCGAGCCACCUGCCCAUGGCCAAACUGCUCCUGUCUCAGUGGAUAAGAGGCAUUUAUCCCUGGGAAAUGUGCCUCUCUCGGGAGUCUCCCCCUCCAAGGCAUUUUCUACUCCUAGAAAAGUUCACUGGGGUUCAGAAUCUUAAGACCAAAUCUUAACCCUCUCCUUUUCCUCCAGCCCACACUGGGAUGUCCCCUCACUUCCUAGGGCUUCUUUACAUCAGAUGCACCCAAGUCCUUAGCCCAGCUGUGCCACUGCAAGAGUCAGCUCUUGCAUUCUCUCCCUUUCCCCAAGGGAGGGGACCACUUCAGGCCCUUUUCUGUGCGCUGCCUGACAAAAUACCUAAUCCAAGCAGCUACCUACCUUGACUCCCUGUAGCUACCAGCGGUACGAAUUGAUGAGCAAAAAGUGAGGACUUAAGAGCCCUGGUAAGGCUUCUCUGCCUCGGCCCUCUGCUUCCAAAGGAACAGGGCUGGGUGAAAGUUCUGAGACUUAGCAGACUCUGCAGAGGCAAUCCUUCAGAAGACAAAGCUAGCCUGUGGCUCUUACCCUCUACUCUGGUGAAGUUGAACCUUUGUUGGGGCAGUGAGGACUGCAGGGAUUCCUGGAGACCUCUGGUGCUUCACAGGUGUUGCCUGAUGAUUGCUGUUUGUAAGCUGGUGUGUCCACCAGUGAUUUAAAGGGAUCAUGGUGGGGGCACCAAGAGUAGUAGGCACUUCACUGCAAACCUUCAAUAAGGGGUGGGGUAGAGAGAAUGCUCAAUCUUAUUUUGACGGGAUGGGGUUUUUCUCUUUGUAAUUACUUCUUUAGUUUAAUUAACCUUUUGGUUGUUGUGCAAUAUUAUAUAUUUUAAAUUAUAAUGCAUCUCCCCAGAGUAUUUUGUAGCCAAGAAAAGAAAACAGGAAAAGGUUUUAAAAAAAAAGAAAAAAGAUUCUAACAGCUGUUAGUUUUGUAAUUAAAAGGAACAACAACAA